AUGGCUUCAUAUAAGCAAUUUGGUGAUGCCUUCCAACACCCCCCACACAGAGCCAAAACCACCCUUACACAACUCAAGAGCAUCAAAUCUAUGUGUGACCCUCGAAAUGUCAAAGCCUUCUUUGCUACAUGUGAGCCCAACCGCCUCAGCGGUGUUGUUGAUCCAUUCUGGUGCAACUGGCCAUUUUCAGAUCCAAAUUUGUUUCUGACUCCGGAGGCCUUGCACCAUUGGCAUCGCAAAUCCUAUGAUCAUAAUGGUAUCUUGAUGCUCAAGCAAGUCACCAGAAAAGCACAGCAGGACAUACAGCAUUACCUUGUUGCUGUCAUCACAAAUGCUGCACCUCCAGGCAUUGUCAUAGCUGUUUGUGUGCUAAUGGACUUCCAUUCCUUAUCUCAAGCAGUAACCAUUGAUGGGAAACAAUGUCAGAAGAUCCUUGAUGCUCUCAAGACAUUUCACAACCACAAACAUGAAGUUAUUGCACACAGUGGGCAUUGGGGUGCCAAGAGCAAAGACAUCCUUGACAACUGGUACAUUCCAAAGCUCAAAUUGAUGCAAAGUGUUGUGCCGAAACAAGCUCGCAUAACUCUCAUCAAGGAUCCAGCAGAGUCUACAAAUAACCAGAACUAUGAUCCCCAGAUAUGUCAAUAUCUGGAUCACAUCGAAAAAUGUCGACAUUUUCAUACUGCAACAUAUAUUGCUCAACAAUUGCAGUCUCAGAUGCACGCUGCCACUGCUGGAUAUAGAGAUGACUUGGAUGAUGAGAUCAAUGAUGACAAGAACACUGAUGAAGCAGGUGAUCUCCAGGCUGCCAUCAGUGAUUUCUGGGGGACUGUCAUAUCCCGUACCUCCGGAUCUGGAAUUCCGGAUCUACUCCAUUAA